CAAGAUCUCUGCAGAGGCGCCUGCCGAAAUGAUGGAACGACUCAUCGCGCUCCUAAGAGAAUUCGCCGAGCUAUUUGCGUGGAGCGCGUUGGAAAUGCCGGGCGUCCAACCCGAAACGGCCGUUCACAGGCUGGCGUUCGAGGAAGGCAGGCGCCCCGUGCAGCAAAAGCGCAGGAACCUAUUGCCAGAAAAGGAGGCGGCGCUCAGGGUCGAGGUGGACAAGCUGAUGGGUGCUAACUUGGUCGAAGAAACUUCUUAUGUUACUUGGUUGUCGAAUGUGGUCUUUGUGCCAAAGCCGUCGGGCGACUGGAGGAUGUGUGUGGAUCACACAAGCCUCAACAGGGCAUGCCCAACAGACGCCUACCCAAUGCCCCGGAUAGACUUGCUGGUGGACUCCACGGCAUACAACGAGAUGUUGAGCUUUGUAGACAUGUUUUCUGGAUAUCAUCAAAUCCCCAUGGCAGAGGAAGACCGGCCCAAAACAGCUUUAAUGACACCUUUUGGAAACUUCUGCUAUCGGGUCAUGGCCUUCGGGCUAAAAAACGCGGGCGCCACGUAUCAAAAGAUGGUCAACAACGUCUUCCGGCAGCAAAUCGGCCGAAAUGUGGAGGCCUACGUGGACAACCUCAUAGUCAAAAGCAGGAAACGAGAAGACCACAUCGAAGAUUUGCGAGAGACGUUCCAGGCCAUGAGAGCGCAUAGGCUUCAUCUGAACCCCCUCAAAUGUGUGUUCGGCGUCGAAGAGGGAAAGUUUCUGGGAUUCAUGAUCACCAAAACAGGUAUAGAAGCCAACCCAAAGCAGGUAGACGCCAUCCUCAAGCUGACUCCCCCGAAGACGCCCAAAGAGGUGCAAGGCCUAGCGGGCAGGCUGGCAGCGCUGGGGCGCUUUAUCCCCCGAUCCGCCGACAAGGCCGCUCCCUUUUUUUGAACGCUCAAGAAGGCCGCGCGUUUCCAAUGGACCACUGAGUGUGACGGGGCGUUUGAAGAAUUGAAGCAGCUCUUAAGCGCCCCAACCGUAAUGACGGCGCCUAAAGAAGGAGAACCUCUAUACCUUUACAUUGCUGUGUCAGAGGUCUCGGUAAGUGCAGUGCUUGUCACAAGAGAAACCCACUCUGGAGAAGACAAGCCAGUGUACUAUGUCAGUCGCACCAUGGUUUCCCACGAAAGGCGGUACGCGCCCAUCGAGAAGGCUGCACUGGCAGUAGUGAUGGCCGCAACCAAAUUAAGACCUUAUUUUCAG